AUGUUUGCUGAUUUUGAUGAUUUAUACUUGAGAUUCGCUUAUGUAAUCGGAAAAGAUUGGGAAAUAUGUGCUGGGUUAGAUGAAGGCACAACACAAAUCGCGUAUAAAGGAGUGGAUUUUAAUCCAAAACUAGUAUUUAAUUUUCCAUUAGAAUGCACAUUCAAGAGUACAAGUCCAUUUGGAUGGCCGCAGCUAGUUCUAAGUGGCUAUGGUAUGGAUGCAUUUGGCAACGAUGUUGUAAGAGGAUAUGGAACAACACAUAUACCAAUUACACCUGGAAGACAUAAACUUCGCGUCCCAUUGUUUGUUCCCCGUUCCUCGUCUCGUUUUCAACAAUUUCUGGCAUGGAUAUUAGGAAGACGACCGGAAUUUGUCGAUCCAAAAGUAGUCGCUCACAACGCUGGAAGAGAAAUGACUCGCGUUCGUUCACAAGGCUACGUAAAUCUUACAUUCAAUAUUGUUACCAAAGAUUUGCAAUCACUGGGUUUUCGAACUGAAAGUUCGGAAGGAAUUCAUCCGGCUGCACACGAUCAACAAAAAUCCUAUCAUCAGCUACCACUCGGUGCUCUACCAGAAAACGUUUCACAAUAUGAGGAUGUUGACCGAAUGUAG